CGGCAACGACCUCAACCACCGGAACCUGGUGGGCAUGGCCAAGAAGUACGGAAAUGUAUUCCUGCUGCGGCUGGGCGUGCGGAACCUGGUGGUGGUGUCCGACCCGAAGCUAGCCGCCGAGGUGCUCCACACUCAGGGGGUCGAGUUCGGCUCCCGGCCGCGCAACGUGGUGUGGGACAUCUUCACCGACAACGGCAAGGACAUGGUGUUCACGGAGUACGGCGACCACUGGCGCAAGAUGCGUCGGGUCAUGACGCUCCCCUUCUUCACCAACAAGGUGGUGCAGCAGUACCGGGAGAUGUGGGAGGAGGAGAUGGACAUGGUGGUGCGCGACCUCAGGGGGGACCGAGUGGCACAAACGGAGGGGGUGGUCGUCCGCCGCCGCCUGCAGCUGAUGCUCUACAACGUCAUGUAUCGGAUGAUGUUCGACGCCCGGUUCGAGUCGAUGUCCGACCCACUGUUCCAGCAGGCGACGUGGUUCAACUCCGAGAGGAGCCGCUUGGCUCAGAGCUUCGAGUACAACUACGGCGACUUCAUCCCCAUCCUGCGGCCCUUCCUGAGAGGCUACUUGAACAAGUGCAGGGACUUACAGAGACGAAGGCUGGCCUUCUACAACGACAACUACGUAGAGAAACGAAGAAUACUGAUGGCCGCAAGAGACGGGAAAAGGCUGAGGUGCGCCAUGGACUACAUACUGGAGGCCGAGAUGAACGGAGAAAUCACCUCAGACAACGUGAUCUACAUCGUGGAGAACAUCAACGUUGCAGCCAUAGAGACGACCUUGUGGUCGAUGGAGUGGGCGAUCGCAGAACUGGUGAACCAUCCCAACGUCCAGCAAAGGCUCAGAAAGGAGCUGUGGGAUGUGCUCGGAGAUGAACCCUUGAUGGAAACCAACCUACAGAGACUACCGUACCUGCAAGCGGUCGCCAAGGAGACACUCCGGCUGCACUCGCCCAUACCCCUCCUCGUCCCCCACAUGAACCUCGAGGAAGCCAAGCUCGGGGGAUACGACAUCCCCAAGAGAACCAAGGUGAUAGUGAACGCGUGGUGGCUGGGGAACAACCCGGAAUGGUGGCACAAGCCCGAGGAGUUCCGGCCGGAGAGGUUCUUGGACGAGGAGAAGGAGGUGGAAGCACUGGUGGGCGGCAAGGUGGACUUCAGAUUCCUCCCCUUCGGCGUCGGCCGGCGAAGCUGCCCCGGGAUCAUAGUGGCGCUGCCGCUGCUCUCUCUCAUCGUCGGGAAGCUGGUGAAGGACUUCGAGAUGGUGCCGCCGCCGGGGGUGGACAAGAUCGACGUGACAGAGAAGGGAGGGCAGUUCAGCUUACAGAUCGUCAACCACUCCACCAUCGCCUUCCAUCCGAUCGCACCAUGAGAGACGAAGUCGUAGGAAUUGUUGAGACUUGAGAUCAAUUGGCCUAAGCAAUAAAGUACAUACUGUAGUGGUUCGGUUACAAAGUUGAAAUUGAUGCAUGAAUGUACUGUAAAUGAUGUAGAAAGGCCUUUCUUUUUAUUUUUUUUUUUCUCUUUUACAAGGACAAGAAACUCUAUACCAAUUCAAACGUAUACUAAAUUCGUUAAUUCAGGAACAAAUUCCUCUUAUCAAAACAACUAUUUCUCCAAGGAGAUUUUUAUUAGCAACCUAUGUUUAUUAUUUAUAACCUCAUUUUUAUUUUUUUUAAUAUUUUAAAAAAUAUCUCUUUCCGAACGGAUGUAAAGAUUUUUUUUUUUUCCUUCUUCCCCUUUGGGCGAUAAGGUAUAAGCGACGAGCAACGUUUUCCUCUUUGAUGUUAAUCGUUAAGUGUGAAUGACAUGAUGCGAUGAACUAUGGUAUCGAGCGACAUCGAACAUUAGAACGGUGUUGACCAACAUUAAUGGGAUUGCCAAUAUUCACUCUAGCAAAACAACUACUCAAUUUACAUGCUCUAUUUUACAUAUUGGAAAAAAAAACCUAAUAAAUUUGAGAUUGACUUUUGAGGUUGAGUUCUCUAGCUCAAAUUUUUUAUCAAGUAUUUUGGAGCAAUUUAGAAGCUCAAAUGUUAAAAAAUAUUACAUAGAUCUAAGAUAUUCGUGCAAA